GAGACUAGUCACUCCGAAUAGCGCUAUAGUGCGCGCGCAGACUCGCCCGGUGUAGGUGCGCGCCGUCGGUCAGCAGUCAAAUUGUUCCAACUUCGAAGCGAACUCCGAAAGCGCUACAACUUUCACAACCAGUUGACUGACAACUUUUGAAUUAAAUGUUAGUUUAUUAAGUUAAGUGAAGACAGUGUUAAAGGUUUAACAGUGAAAUCUAACAUCAAACAAGAUAAGUACAUGUUGACGGAUAUUUUCGAAAAUUGAAGAAGAAGAAAAGUGAAGGGCUACGCUGUGACCCACUGACACAGCCCAAUAAAAAACAAAACACACAAAAGUUACGUGAUCCAAACUAUUGCAAAAUGAAUGAAAUGAAACUGGAAUUUAACGAUGAUGGAUCACCGUACGUCAUGUGGGGAGACAAUAAGAUUGAACUGGAGAAGAAGCCCAUUACUGAGAAGUAUUACAAGGAAAUAGCGGAAACGGAACUGAGGGAAACGCCGGAAGUAGUCGAAAAGGCUUUAAAGGAGUUGCGUGUUCUAUUGGCAGGAGAGAAAAAUCUUCACGUGCCCCUGGACCGAGAUGACUUUUUGAUGAAAUUCCUCAGACCAUGCAAGUUUUAUGCAGAAAGCGCAUUUAAACGGAUCCAGGCGUACUACAAGUUCCGCCUGGCGCACGCGGAGUAUAGCCGCGACCUGACGUCCACCGCCAUCCGGGCCGCCUUCGACCACUCCGUCAUCUCCAUCCUGGCGCCGCGCGACCAGCACGGCCGCCGGAUCAUGCUGGUUGAGUCUGGAGAGCGCUGGAACCCCCGCGAGGUGUCGCUCUCGGAGAUGUUCCGCGGGGUACAGCUGGGCCUGGAGUCGGCCAUGGUGGAGCCGCGCACCCAGGUCUGCGGCGUCGUCGUCAUCCUCGACGUCAAGGGACUCUCGCUGACGCACAUCAUGCAGUUCACGCCGUCCUUCGCCAAGAUGGUCGUUGAUUGGAUACAGGACUGCACACCAAUUCGCCUUAAAGCGGUCCACAUCAUCAACCAACCCUUCAUCUUCAACAUGCUGUUCGCGCUAUUCAAACCGUUCCUGCGCGAGAAGUUGCGCAAGCGCAUCUACUUCCACGGCGCGGACCGCGCGUCGCUAUUGGCCCACGUGGACGCGCGCGCGCUGCGCCGGCGCCACGGCGGCGCGCUGCCCGACCCCGAGAUACCGGGGGAACUGCUGUGGAAGAUGCUCAACUAUUACGAGGAUAACUUCCAAUUGGCCAACUCGUACGGGUAUAACGUCAACAACAAUGAAAAGAAGUGAACUCAAGAGAAGACAUAGAAGAAUGCAACCGGAAGUACAACCAUUUGCUUUUAAGACUUUAGGUGUAAGUAUUGUUCAACCAGGUUUGCUGAUCACAAUUUGUGCAGUGCUGGUGGAUUGGAAAUCGGCUCAUCCUAGGCACUACCACCCUUGUAAACGGAUGUCUUUUCUAUCUACGUAGAUACUGGUGCCAUGCCGCGGGAUCAGAUUCCCAUAGAACAUCUAUAAUAUUUUAACUAAAUAUCAGCCUUUAGGAUUUGAGCUCGGAACCUCCAGUUAUGUAAAGUAUGUAAACAAGUAUGUUCUUAGAAGAGUUCUAU